ACACUCCGUGCCUUUAAUUCUUAUUAUAAACAGUUCUAUGACUGCCUUAAGAGGAAGCUGGAAAUCAUAUCCUGAUGGGCUACAGUGUGAAGCACAAGGAAUUUAACACUUUUCCCUGGCGCUGGCAGAAUGCAUGAUGUGAGAGACAGACGAGGGUCUGCCGAGAGAUUGAAGUCUACGAUAUAAGGGGGUUCUUCUCCCUGCUUCACCAAAAGACGUGGGUUCACGCAACGAAAGAGCUGGAUGAUUGUUUUGGACUCGGAGGUGACCAGUACGCAGGUCUUCCGAGAGGAGGUCUUGUUUCUGAUCUACCCCGCUGGCAGCUUUUGGCUCUUUUCCCACAAGUAUGGAGCCUCAGUCCUCAAUGUUGGGGCUGCUGUUACUGAGCCUGGUCAGGCCAAUUCUCUCAGGUCCUGAACCAAUCACUGGACCAAGAUGUACCUACACCUUCAUCUUGCCUCAGCAGAAGUUCACAGGAGCAGUGUGCUGGAGCAGUGUACGUCCUCCCCCUGAACCUCCAGGUCCCAACCGUAGUGAGGUGGAGGAGCUCCAUGUCCAGCUGAGCCGGCAGCAGGCCCAAAUGGAUGAACUACGGCGACUGGUGGAGGUGGAUGGGGCCAUGGUGAGCGAGGUCAAGGCAUUACGCAAGGAAAGCCGCAAUGUCAAUGCCCGGGUGACCCAGCUCUAUACUCAGCUGCUUCAUGAGAUCCUUCAGCGACGAGAACGACCAGUGCAGACCUCUCAGCUGGAAUGGCGUGUAGCCAAUGCUUCUGCUGAGGCCGCACAGGUGGCGGCCAGUUAUCGCCAACUGGAGAGGAAGUACAAUGCUUUGGCUGCCCUUGUCAACAAUCAGAGUGCCCUGAUCAGCCGCCUAGAGAGAGAGUGCCAGCAAGGAAGAGCGGGCAAGGAGGUGCCCCCACAGCCCCCUUUGGCACCAGUGGUACCUCAUAACUCUGCAAGCACCUCUAAUGAAAGCAGAGCCCACUUUGACACCAUCAAUGAUAUCCAGCGAGACCAGACAGCAACUGCCCAGUACUGGUCUGACAAGGCUCCCUCUUCACUGGAUGACACUCCUCUGCUCUCUGCUGUUGGGCCCACCAAAUCUACAGGGCCUUGGUCUGACUGUCAAGCAGCUCAACAGGAUGGCCAACCCAGUGGCAUCAUCAUGCUACAACCCGCUCAUGCUCAGGGUAUCAUCCAGGUUUGGUGUGACCAGGAAUACGAUGGAGGUGGUUGGACGGUCAUCCAGCGGCGGCAGGAUGGAUCAGUCAAUUUCUUUACCACUUGGCAGGAUUACAAGAAUGGUUUUGGGAACCUGGAAGGGGAGCACUGGCUGGGCCUGGAAUUCAUUUACUUGCUGACCCACCAGGGUUCAUUCAUGUUGCAUGUAUUAAUGGAAGACUGGAGUGGGCGACAGGCAUAUGCUGAAUACAAUACCUUCGCUCUGGAGCCCAAGAGUGACUUCUAUCGGCUACGGCUGGGCAAAUAUCAAGGCAAUGCUGGAGACUCUCUCUCCUGGCACAAUGGUCGACAGUUCAGCACUCUUGACCAAGACCAUGAUGCUUACUCAGGGAACUGUGCCCACUAUCAGAAAGGUGGUUGGUGGUACAAUAUGUGUGCCCAUUCCAAUCUCAAUGGCAUCUGGUACAAGGGCGGUCACUACCGAAGCCGCUAUCAGGAUGGAGUCUACUGGGCAGAGUUUCAUGGUGGUGCCUAUUCCCUCCGUAAGGUGGUAAUGAUGAUCCGGUCUACGCAAGGCAACUAAGUUCCAUUCUUAUCCACAGAAAAGACGUCAAAGCAGACCAAAAUCCAGAUGGAUGUACUUUACAAAAGAAUUCACUGAACUCUGGAUACACACCAUGCUUUUUUUAUUAUCUGAUCUCAGGAGAAACAUCUUUAACUGUCUGUGCAAUGCACUGAUUGGCUGAGAGCCUUGUACUUCACAGAUCCCCCCACACCCACCCACCUGCUUCUCAGGCCGUACUUUCAUAAAAAAAAGUAUUACUUUUAUCUUUCAUCAAAAGAAGAAAGUGCCAAAGAUAUCUCAAAUAGUACUUUAAACCAUUUUAAAAGUCCUUGAAAUAUGGCAAAAAAGAAAGAAAAAGUAUAUUGAGGCACCAUGUGGCAGAAAGCAAUAUUGUACAGUAGUAAAAAGAAUUACAUUUUAAAAAUAUUUUUGGCUUUUUCCUGAUAUAGUUCUCGUCACCCACUUUUGAAUUGACAGAAAAUACUAGCAUCCAAUUUGCUCUCUCUGUUGCCAGCCCUGGUCCCUGCAAUUGACCCAGUCCUCCAAAGACACAAAUUAGAUUUUAUGCAUCCUGAGGCUGACCUUGGAAAAUGUUAGGGUAAAGGAAAAAUAUUUUCAUCACCAGAACAACAAAAGACAUCUUAAAUCUGUUUUAUACACAAUGUAGAAUUAAGAAGGUAGGGAAAAAAAAA